AGACAUUGGCUAUCAUCAUGCCACUCCUUAAACGUAAACGCUACCCUUUGCUACAACCUCCCACAGUCGAUCCCACAAAGAAAGACAAGGAACGGCCAGUAUGGUACUACAAGAUCACAAAUGAAGUCUUUGAAGACUAUGCUACAUAUCUUCAACGACUAUCCCUCUACAAGCGUCCUGUAUGGCAAUGUGAGACAACUGGUCGAUCCAACCUAACCUACGAAGAUGCAUUGAAAAGCGAAAAAACUGAAAGAGAUAGAGUCCAAGACAAAUUGCCGGAAGAACUUCAGCAGCGUGUACUUGAACGUGUCCAAUUCCAAACGGCUCGUCUGGAUACAGUUGUGGAAGAUGUAUAUUCGUACUUUCUGGAGCGCUAUAUUGCAGGUGAAAUUGUAAAUUGUCUGUGGGAUGAUGGCAUCGUGUACAAUGCACGUAUACUGGAGGUUUUGCCUAGUGAUAAACAGGACGAAGAUGAAUCAAAAGACAAGGGUAAUUCCUAUAAAGUACAGUUGAUUGAUGACCAUCUUGAAGGAAUUGAUGAUUUUAUCAAGGUUGUUACAAAGUCUGAAUUAAAGCGUGAUCGUUUGUCAUAUUCAAAAAAUUUGCUCAAGAAUUUCAUUCGCAGAUACACUAUAAAGGAGACUUAUGUGGGUGCACCAUGGCUUGUCAAGCCAGGACUGGCAGAAAAAUAUGGAAUUGAAUCUACACUUCCUCAAUCACUCCAAGAAGCCAAAAAUAAUGCUUACCUCAAAUCUCGUAAACGAAAAACCGGAACUCCUGAAGAGCUGACUCCAAAAAAACCGGAGGAAAAGCCCUUGGAUGCCAAAAAGCUUGAAGCUAUGAUAAAGUAUCCCAUGGAAGAUCUCGACGUACCUAUUUACAGACGUGAUCCAUCAGGAGAAGGACCAAUUAUGGACAUGAGUCCGUCGACAUCUAACUCUACGAAGACAAUCCAAAACCCAACUGGUGGAAUGCCCAUCUGUCCCACUCCUUGUAGAGAUAGUACAAUACCUACCGAAUGUUUCGGGUCAUUUUUAAUGGUUUGGUGCUUCCUCAGUAUCUUUGCACGCCCACUCGACUUAUCUCCUUUUACACUGGAUGAUUUUGAGAAUGCGCUUCAUCACAAUUCUACUUAUAUAAAAUCACAGAUUUUAAUCGAGAGCAACGUAGCAUUGCUAAACGCAAUCAUUCGCCAGCAACGUAAAUCCAAGCUCCAGGGUGUAGCCUCCAAGAAUUUGGCAUUAUAUGACGAACAUACAUCACGUAGUACUACACCUGCCCUUGAUGGACAAAGUAAAGACAGUUCUACCAGAGGGAGCCAGGAUGGGAGCGAUGAAGAGAAAGACGAACUAGUUGGGUGGCCUGCCCAGAGAGCCUUAUCUCGUCGUGCAUCUUUGGUUGAAAGAGGAUGCGGAAGUGAUGAAAUUAUGAGAAUCGGUACCGGAUGGGACAGUGCAACGAUAAAAUCCGUUAAUGACAGAGAAGGCUGGGAAGAUGUACUAAUUGGCUGUAUUAAUCAGCUUGCACCAUCAGAAAAGGUCCCUGAAUUUGAUAGAAUCUUGAACUCACUUGUACCCAGACAUAAUUCUACUUUGGAAGAACGUCAAACAGCUUAUGUUUCUCUCUGCCUGAAGGAUAAAAUAAUGAUAUUCGAAUUGUUGGUACAGACAGUCAACGAAUGUGCAUUCAUAAAAGAAUAUAUGGAGGAAUGCCAGGACCAGCUCACUGAAUUGAGAAAGCAAAAGAUCGAAUUGAGCAGAGAAAGAAAGCGCAUCUAUGCUGCCAGAUUAGAAUAUGAAAAACGUACCGGAGAACAUUCAGGAAAGACAAACGAAGAAACAGAGAACGAUGCUUCCGAUGAUGAUUCAGAGUCGAGUGACACUGAAGAUGAUGUCUCAAAAGCACAGCGCCAAUUCAAGAAUGAGACUAUACACGAAUCUCGUCAGGCAAUACUUAAACGUAGACAACAGGAGAGAGAGGAGAGAGAGGCGAAAAAAUUAAAGCUGCAUCAUCGCCAAAGAGAAGAAGCUCGUGCACGUAACCUGGAACUCAAGGCACGCGCAGAAGAGCGAAAGAAAAUAGAUGAGGAGGAGCGUCAAUUGCAUAGAAAGGAAGAACAAGUUGAGCGUGAUAUGCGCAAGUAUAGCACACUUCGAAUUAAGCCUCUUGGUCGAGAUAAGUUCUUUAACAGAUAUUAUUAUUUGGAUCACAUCGGAGGAGCGGCCGCGCAUGGUACAGGAAGACUCUGUGUCCAGAGCCCAAGCGAAACAGACAAUAUGUUACUGAUGGAACGGGAUCAGCCCUCGAUGGACGAAAAGCUAACCUUACCAUGCGGGCGUGGAGGGGGUGUUGGAUUUGUUUGCCAACUAAUGAAAGAACAAGGGCUGCCAGAAGAGAGCAAACUCCUUGAGAAGUCAUUGGAUUCUCAGCCACUCUGCCCGAAUUUAAAUGAAUGGUGGUGGUUCUACCAGGAACCUGAAGAGCUAGAUGCACUUUUGGCCUGGCUGAAUCCAAAGGGUAUUCGAGAAUAUAGACUGAAACGUGAACUAGAGAAGCACAUUUAUUCUUUGACAGCCGGAAUGAAAAAACGUAACAAUGAGCAUAUGACUGCCAAGAUAGUGGAUGUUCCACGACGAAGCACACGUAGCAAGAUUGCACCUCAGAUCCCAUCUGGUUCUUGGCUAGCUUAUGUUAACAAAUACGCAAAAUAGAAAAAAAAAUGCCUUGUCUUUAGGCCGAUGAAUUGUCAUUAAUUAUACUAAAAGAUACAAAGAGUGGUCUAAAUAAUCACAAAAAAGAAUAGCAUCUCACAAAUCCAAAAAUACAAAUACAUUUUAAGACCUAUAAAAAUUAAAAGGUCAUUAUACUUUUAA